AGGCGCCCGGGGCGGAGCACGGAGGCGGGGUCGGGGGCGAGCGACAGGAACUUUCUUCGCCCUGGGCUCUGCAGUCAGAGGCCGUGUUGACAGGCAUGGAGCAGCACCACCUGUGGGCCACCCCCGUGCGUCAGAUGGAGGCGUGCCUGCAAACAGCAUCACGUCAAGCGGUGCAGCAAGCGCUGGGGGCCGCAUCAUUGCAGCCUCCAGCCCCAGCCGAUUCUCCUGGGGGUGGUGUGCACAGCAAAUUGAUCGGGGCAGGAAUGGCCCUUGAAAUGAAACCACUGUGGGAUGAGUUCAAUGAACUCGGCACUGAAAUGAUUGUCACAAAAGCUGGAAGGAGAAUGUUUCCCACCUUCCAAGUUCGCAUUUACGGCCUCGAUCCAAACGCAGACUAUAUGCUCAUGAUGGAUUUUGUUCCCGUGGACGACAAAAGAUACAGAUAUGCGUUCCAUUCGUCUUCUUGGGUAGUUGCGGGCAAAGCGGACCCUGUUUCCCCACCAAGGCUUCAUUUGCACCCUGACUCUCCUGCGAAGGGCGCCCAUUGGAUGAAACAGACGAUUUCAUUUGAUAAAUUGAAGCUCACAAACAACCAGCUUGAUGAUAACGGACAUAUAAUCCUAAACUCCAUGCACCGCUAUCAACCCAGAUGUCACAUAGUUCUUUUGACUGAUGGCCUGCCGCCCGAGCCCGCUGAGACCUUCCGCACCUUUAUAUUCCCAGAAACUAGAUUUACCGCCGUUACUGCCUAUCAAAACCAUAGGAUAACACAAUUAAAGAUCGCCAGCAACCCGUUUGCUAAAGGUUUCCGCGACUGUGAUCCUGAAGACUGCGGUGGUGAGGUCGUAACUCCAAGUGGCCAUUUGCCCAGACCCAAGAGUCACACGCAAAAAGAAGGAGAAGCAGCACCGUCUCAGCCCCCACCGGUCUAUUCCACUGGAGGAGCCCCCGAAUCGUGCGGGGGCCCGCUCUUCAGCAGUGGCCACAAAGCCAGGAGCCCGCCGUCUCCGUAUUCUCGGCCUUUCCCAUCGCCGCCGCCUGCCUCUUUCCCGUUGCCGCCCCCGCACCCGUUGCCUUUCCACCCGUACCCUCGGCCGUUUGAAUUCCCUCCCAGGUGAGAAAGGACGGUCCAUCGAGUGUCUGUGUUUUCAGGAAAAAAACCAAAGAGCUUUUCACCGUGCCUCCGUGAAUAUCAAAAUAUGUGUAAAAAUAAAUUAACUGCCAAUAAAUGUUUAUUUAAUAUUA